AUGUUUCUUAAAUCCUUCAUACGGUCAUCAACCACUACUUCAGCAAGCAAGGGAGGAGCCAACAGCAAUCACUCGGAACUCGCCACUCACUCCAUCACCCAUACUCAAUACCCUGUCGAUGCUCCUGCUCUGGCUGCUGAACAUGCUGAACAUAGUAACUACCCUACUUCCUCAUACAUUCAUCACCAGCAAGACAAGAUUAUAAGCAGAGAGGACGAGACAUUGAGUCGAUCGAACUCUGACCUCACAUACGAUGACACCACAAACAACACACCACCCAUACUCCAAAAGAAAUCAUCCUUCUUCAUACCCUCAUUCGUCUCAAUCACACGCAAGAGAUCCAUCGAACGAAGGAAACAAAUCGAAACCAGGACUGGCGAAUGGGAUCUAAACGAAAUCGUAGUAGACAAUGUAGACAAGAUGCGUCGUGCCCUCGCCGCGGGAUCAAUCGACUCGGAUGACUCGUCAGACACCCUAUCAACAUCAGACAACAAUAGCAACAUUCGCAAAACAUCGAUAAAAUCAUCCUCAAGAUCUAUCAAAUCUGUCGAAGAAGACGGUGUGCCUCUUGAAGACAUGUCAUCAUCGCCCUCUACACGUCACGGAAGCGUUGAUCUGGGACGCAGCAACAAUAACGGAUUGAUUGUCGGACAUGCCCAUCGCGGAAGUAUUGAUAUUGGACGUACUGCAAGUGACUCGCUCUCAAACCGUAUACAUCACCACGCUCAUCGAGCCAGCUUGGACUUGUCACGAACCGAUAUACCUACUUCUUCAUAUAUCAAUAGUGCCAUGUCAUCGGCUACGAGCUUCACUCCUGGACACCAUGCUUCCCACCACCAACGGGCUAGUAUAGAUAUGGGUGCGUUUGCUAGUAAGGGAAACAGUUAUGCUACGAGUACAAGGAAUAAUAUGAUGAAUGCUUGGAAUACGGAUGCCAACCUCGUUGAUUCGGAUCCUGCUAUUGAUUCGUUGGUUGCCUCGGUAUCGUCUGAAUUGGCUAGUUUGAAGACGAGUCAGGUGGAACGACGAUAA